CAUCUCGUGGACUUCAGGGGUGGAGAGCGUAGAUGGAGAUGGACGGACGGAUCGGCGUUUGAUGCGAACGCUGCACAGUGGGAAAAGAAACAGGAAACCGGAGCAGCUUGAUUCCAGCAGUGAAGCAGCAACAUGAAGCCAGACUGCUCUGAAGGAGGAAGCUCCUGACAGUUAAACAGGUCCAACUGGACAGGAUCAGGAAUCUCUGAUCAGCACUAAAAGGAUUUCAAACCACAGAUGUGUGUAACUGAAGCUGGAUGAGCUGGUUGCUUCACUCAGAGGAGCUCAGAGCCAGCUCCGCCGCCGCCGCUGACACAGAUCACAGUUCUGCUCCUCUGUCUGGGUCCGGUUAAAGAUAAAAGAUGGUGGCUAACGUCAACAUGAACCCCGCUGGGUCUGGCCGCCGGUGGAGCCCCUUCAGCAGUAUCAAGGUCUUCGUGUUCUGCCACAGUUUGCUGCAGCUGGCUCAGCUUUUAGUGUCAGGCUACAUGAAGAGCUCCAUCUCCACCAUCGAGAGGCGCUACGGCCUCUCCAGCCAGAAGUCUGGCAUCCUGGCUGCCUUCAACGAGGUGGGGAACACUGUUCUCAUUGUCUUUGUGAGUUUCUUUGGGAGUCGUGUCCACCGGCCGCGGUGCAUCGGCGGCGGAGCUCUGCUGGCGUGUUUAGCCUCGCUGCUGAUGGCGGUGCCUCACUUCCUGAGCGGAAAGUACCAGUACACGGGCCAGAUCAGCUCCUCCAGUGACAACAGCUCAGGUCUCUGCCUCUCCUCCUCCUCCUCCUCCUCCUCUUUCUCCAACCAGAGCUGCCAGCAGCAGGGAAGCGCCGCCCAGCAGGUGGUCUACCCUCUGCUGCUGCUGGGGCAGCUGCUGCUGGGCAUCGGAGCCGUUCCCAUCCAGCCCUACGGCAUCUCCUACAUCGACGACUACGCCAGCAGGAAAAACUCUCCGCUCUACCUCGGCAUCCUCCUCGCCGUGACCUCCAUCGGCCCGGCGUUCGGCUUCGUCACUGGUUCCUUCAUGCUGCGCUUCUUUGUGGACUUUGACAAACUGACCAAAGAGGAAAUUGAGCUGGAUGAGAAAGACCCUCGGUGGGUUGGGGCCUGGUGGCUCGGCUUCCUGGUGGCCUCCAGCCUCCUCUUCCUCGCAGCUCUGCCGUACCUGUUCUUUCCCAGAGAGAUGCCCAAGGAGGACGGAGCAGACGAGGUGGAGUCCAUUCCAGACAGCAAGCAGCAGCAGGCGGACCCGAUGAGGUCUCUCUCCCUCGUUCAGUUCCUUAAAAGUUUCCCCCGAAUCGCUCUGCGGACGCUGCGCGGCCCCAUCUACCUGCUGGUGGUUCUGGGACAGGUCAACCUGGCGGCGCUGCUGUCCGGCCUCGCCACCUUCAUGCCCAAGUUCAUCGAGAAGCAGUUCAGUCAGACCAUCUCCUUCUCCAACAUGAUGAUAGGAGGCGUUGGGAUCCCGCUGGCGGUGCUGGGCAUCGUCCUGGGUGGAGUUCUGAUGCGCAGGUUCAACGUGUCGGUCCGCGGCGCCAGCAAGCUGUGCUCUGCAGUCAUCCUGCUCUGCCUGCUCUCCGCCCUGCCCAUGAUCUUCAUGGGCUGCUCCUCUCAGAACGUCUCUGGGGUCUUUCCUCACAGGUCCAGUUCCUUGCCCUGCAUGUCUAACUGCAGCUGUCCUCCAGAUGCGUUUAAUCCCGUCUGCGGUUCCAACGGCGUUGAGUUCAGGUCUCCCUGCCAUGCCGGCUGUUUGUCCAGACAAACGAACGCCAGCACCAAAGAAACGAACUUCACCGACUGCCGGUGCAUCGAUGGUUCUGGUUCUGCCCGUUCCGGGUCCUGCGGCAGCAACUGUUCUCACCUCCUGUUGCCCUUCGUGGCCUUGCUGGGUCUCACCAGCUUCGUCACGUCCUUCUCCCAAACGCCAUCCUACAUGAUGAUCCUCAGGACGGUACCGGCUGAAGAUAAGUCCUUCGCAGUGGGAGUUCAGUACAUGCUGUUCCGGGUCCUCGCGUUCCUGCCCGGCCCGGUUCUGUACGGCAGCGUCAUCGACACCACCUGCAUCCUGUGGGGUCAGAAGUGCCAGAAGAAGACUUCCUGUCUGUACUACGACCUGGACCGCUUCAGACACAGGUUUCUGGGUCUGAUGGUGGUCUUCGUCUGUGGAGCGCUGCUCUGCUUCGUGCUGACCAUCAUCGUCCUGAAGAGAAGACCCGCGACUUAUAAGCCGCCGCCGCCGGGGAGCAAAGGAGGCUAUGAGCUGGUGGCAGACAAGAAAGCUCCAGAAAAAGAGGAGAAGAAGGAGAAGGCCUGAGGAGAGAAGCUGGAGCACGCAGGAGAACAGCGAGGUGGAACGUUAGGUUGUUCUUGCUGGAAGCUGCUCAGUGAUGCUCCUGCUGUUGGAAUAAAGAAGCAGUCCAUCACAGUAAAGAGCCAGUCAGUCACUCUUAUGUUUCCACAUUCAGUACUCUACGUCCUCUGCUAACAUGCCCUGUGAAUAUUUGUACAUAAGAUGUUUUUUUUUACAAAUGUGAUGGUGACACAGAACCCUGCAGAGCUUUUUACUCCAGACCCCUCCUGCAGGAACCUCAGGUUGUUCUGCAGCCCGGUGCAGGACACAAGGAAAGUCAGAAAACUGGUCUUCAUAAGGACUUUAUGGGCCUUUUCUCACUGAACGUCCAAAGUGAACAGGAAAGAUGCGUCUAUAAAACCGUGAACUGCAGUCCAGAGGUGAACCCUGGCUGAACAGCUGCUCCAGUUCCUUCAGGAACAAAGUUCUCCACCCAAACCUGCAGCGGAUCGCCUGAGAACCGCUGCAGUCAGAGAGGAAUCAGAACCAAGUCAGCUCACAGAUUUCCUCACAGUGCUCCAAAACACUGAACUUUUUACACUUUUUAUAUGAUGCUUCCCAGAUCUGCCGCUGGGCUUUCAGAUGCUGCAGUUCUGCUAGCCUCCACUAGAUGCUGCUCAAAGCGACCGAGAGCUUUAAACUGCGAGGAAGAAGCGAAGAGAGGAAGAAUAAUGUGAACUCUUCAGCGUCUUGUGCCAUGACUGUAAACGUUGAAACUGUUUCUGCUGCAGCUUCAUAUUUUCAGGAGCUGAAGCAGUUUUAGGGUCAAAGUUUCUAUUUUUAUAUGUAUGAGUUUAUUUUUCUACAUAAACCUCUGAGCCAAAAUCAGCAGCUUGAUCACCAGAUUAAAGGAAAAACCUGUAAAACACGAA